AUGUGUAAUGCACUGGUGAUAUCAUGGAUCUUCAACACACUGGACUCUGAACUUCAGUCCAGUGUGGCCUGUGCUACGGUAGCACAAGACUUGUGGGAAGAUUUGCGGGAAAGAUACUCGCAAGGAAAUGACACAAGAAUUUAUCAGUUAAAGGCUGAAAUAGGGAGUUUGAAACAGGAAGGGAUGUCCGUUUCGAGAUAUUAUUCUCGACUGAAAACCCUUUGGGACGAGCUGGAAAAUUACCUGGAGACACCGAUGUGCUCGUGCUCGGCGUUCAGGGUGUACACGGCACAGAAGGAACGGGAGAAGACCCAUCAAUUUUUGAUGGGUCUAGGCUCGGAAUUCAGCACGGUGAGGUCGAAUAUCCUCAGCCACGAGCCUGCCUACUCCCUCAAUAAGGUGCUCGCAAUGAUUCUGCAUGAAGAAAGGCAAAAUUUGGUGGCCUUAUCGCACGAAAAAGCCGGACCAGAUGGAGCGGCAUUUCUGGGCAGAAUAGGAGAAAAGGGAUUGGAGAUGCAGGAAGGCGGCAAUUCGACUUACGGAGGACAGGGAGAAGGCAGAGGAGCAACGACCACGGCCAAGACUUGUUACCAUUGUGGUCGUCCGGGCCAUAUUAAGAGUGCUUGUUGGCUGCUGCAUGGACAUCCGACGAACUGGGAACCGAAGGGAGCGGCAGGAGGAAGAAAAUUAGGGUUUUCGACGAGGAAGACAAGAGGAGCGGCAGGAGGAAUGGGCGGGCAGCAACGUGGGGCCGGUCUGGGCCCGAAUAUGUUCGUUGGACCGCAGGCCCAUCAGGGGGAGAAACAUGGAGCAGGUCUGGGCCCAAAUCAAUUCUCUGGGCUGCGGGCUCAUCAGGCCCAAUUAGGACAUUCCCACCUUGGUCCGAAUCAAUUCGCUGGACUGUCGGCCCACCAGUCUCAGAUUGGUCAGCCCAGUAGCAGCGGUUUGAACAAGCUUUCUCGUCUUUCAGAUUCGGCCUUCCAGAAAUUACUUGAUUUUCUCGGGCCCGAUGAUGAUAAUGUGCAACCUAAUACUGGUAAAAAUUUUAUUCCAGUAAAUUUUGGGCAUGAUUGGAUAAUUGAUAGUGGAGCCUCUGGACAUAUGACAGGAUGUGCAGAUUUAUUUGUUGAAUCGCGAAUACUCACCAAGAGAUCGAAGAUCCAUAUACCGAAUGGAGGAAUUUAUGAUGCUUCCAGGAUUGGUCGCAUACAUAUAGGCCCUCUCGUCCUCUCGAACGUUCUAUUGGUUCCAGAAUUCAAUUGCAAUCUUAUUUCUGCAUCUCAACUGUCUAGAGAUUUGGAUUGUUGUGUAAUAUUUUACACCGACUAUUGUCUUAUACAGGACCGUAUCACGAGGAGGACGAUUGGAGUGGGUGAGCUUCAAGGGGGUGUGUAUUAUCUUCGGCGUGUGGGCGUCAAGGAGCAGGCUAAUCGGGUCAUCAGUGAUGAGACGGGACUACCGACCGAAUUCUGGGGAGAAUGUGUCACUACAGCGGCGCAUCUGAUUAAUGUGACCCCAACAUCACUUUUGGAAUGUAAGAGCCCAUAUGAAGUUCUGCUUGGAAGGCCACCGAAUUAUUCUAACUUGAGGAUAUUUGGAUGCCUGUGCUAUGCUCACGACAGGCCGAGAGACAAGGAUAAGUUCAAACCUCGUUCUCGUCGUUGCAUGUUUGUCGGUUAUCCAUACGGCAAGAAGGGUUGGAGAGUUUAUGACCUUGAGAGGAACGAGAUAUUUGUGACUCGUGAUGUUCGAUUUUGCGAAAGGGAGUUUCCUUUUCUGCAGAUGGCUGAUGCGGGCAAAGAAGAUACGGGUCGGAUAAAUUUCUUUGACGCUGAGAAAGAUGUUCAUCAGAUAAGGAGUCAGGGGGAGUCAAGAUGUAGGGUUUCAACUGAAAGAGAAGGAGAAAAUGGGCUUACGAACUCUUUAGGCCCAAUCGGUAAUGAGAAUGAAGAAAGUGAUGAAUUGAAACAUGUCAUUCUUGCAGAUGGAAUGAACGAUGUACCAUUGACAGAAGAAGUGGAGGUAGCGGAACCAACGUUGCGACGUUCUGAUAGGAUUAAGUCUGUACCCAAGUAUCUGAAAGAUUUUGAAGUCCGUAUUCACACUGCCUUACACACCCCCCUCCCCAGCUCAUCUACUUCAUCGAAAUCCUCAGGUAUGGUUCAUUCUAUUCAGCAAUAUUUAUCUUAUUCUGGCGCAUCUGAUCGAUAUCUGGCAUAUUUGAGUGCUUUGGACUCGGAGAUAGAGCCUACGUCUUAUCAGGAUGCAGCGACUAAUCCUCGAUGGAGACAGGCUAUGGCAGAGGAAAUCAAAGCACUAGAGUCCAAUGGGACAUGGACCGUCGAAGAUUUACCUCCAGGGAAGCGACCAAUUGCCUGCAAAUGGGUAUACAAGAUUAAACGUCGAGCCGAUGGGAGUAUAGAGAGAUACAAGGCACGACUUGUUGCAAAAGGAUUCACUCAGGUUGAAGGAGUGGAUUUCAAUGAGACUUUCGCACCCGUGGCAAAGUUGGUUACCGUCAGAUGUCUCUUAGCUGUGGCAGUGGCAAAGGGAUGA